AUGCUCACAGAACUGCUUGGAAAUAGGGACCUGAGUAUGAUUCUCCCAAACUACCAUGUGCGAAUCAUCAGCGCCUUUGGCUUCACCUCGAUCAUUUUCAAUUCUGGGCUCGUCUAUAUAAUCAUGAGCUUCACUGCGCGAGAAGUUGGUAACUACAAGUAUAUCAUGUUAUCAUUUGCCGUUUUCAACGUGCUUUAUUCCAUUGUGAACAUAGUGCUGCUACCUGCUAUACAUAUUCAUGAGCGCGCAUUUUUGGUUUUUGCAACUCGUUUAGAGAGCUUGCCGCCAGACAUCGGCCGUAUAUUUACCGUCUUGUUCUGCUCAAUGUUUGCACAGUCCUUAUUUCUCUUAGCAGUACAUUUCACCUACAGAUAUGUGCAUAUUAUAAGGUGA